AAGUUUUAGAUGGCUGAUACCGACGCCUAUAUAAGAGACAAUUAUCGGCGUCGUCCGGUGUCGUAGUGCAUUCCAGUAUUCGCGCGGACACCGUGUACUCGAAUCAGCAAAAAAUGCGCAUAUGUGUGCUGGUGCUGGUGUUGGCCGCGAUCGCGGCCUCGUGCGACGCGAGCACGAACGGAUUCAAGCUGCAGAUGCCGCUCGCGUUCAACGUUCCGUUUGCGAGCGAUAAACUUGUCAGCGUUCUCACAACCCUGAAAACAUGGAUGCAGCAAGGUCAUAAGAAACCAGACAUCCCUAUUCUGGAGCCCUUCCAGACGGUCCACAUGCCACUGUCAGUAAACAACCCCUUCAUCAGGUAUUUUGGAAAUCUGGAUAACCCGUAUAUAACCGGUUUGUCGAACUUUAAUGUGAAGAAGGGCGAGUACAACCUUGAGGACAAUAAAGCUGUUGUCAAUUUAAAGUGGGAUGCUAUCUAUUUCUUGGCAAUGUACGACGUCACGUCGUUGCAAGUGGUGGAUUGGCCAAUGGCGUAUGGACAGGGUGCUAUGGUAGCGGUAGCAAGAGGUCUCGAGAUAACUGUAGAGGUGAAAAUCGCCAAGAAUUCUGGAAACAAGUUGGACGUGUCAGAUUUAAAAUUGACAGUUAGUCUGGACAAACUGGAAUUCAAUGCCAGUGGUUUAUUGGGCGACCCAGACGAGUCUACGAAAUUCAGCGAUAAAAUAUCUGCUGAAAUGCCACAGAUAAUCAUCGACAAUCAAGCCAAACUGUCGUAUUAUGGUGGCCAAGCCUUGAAGAAAAUCUUGGAUCAAUCUCUAUUAAACAUGACAUAUGAUGAUUUUAUUGCAAUGAUAAACACAUAAUGAAUUUCACGUUAGAUCAUGAUACUUUGUGAAUGAAUAAAUUAUAUUUGGUUAACAGAA